GCGACUAGAACGUUUCGAACAUCGUCGAGAGAUGACGUUGUUAGUGAUUUUGCAAAGAACGUUCGGUUUAAAACAGUUUCAAAUUCUUCCACGACAUACGUGUUAGUGAAAAAACUGGCUCGCAGAAUAUACAACGGUAGAGAAACAGAGAACCGUAACGUCCACAAUUUUAAACAUAUACGAUAGAUAUUUAUGAUUCGAAAGCCAAGAAAAAGACAUACCGUAUUCAUUAAUAUCGUAUAACCUAUAUUCGAUAUAUUCGAUUUGCGUAAGUUUUUAGAGGUAAAGUAUGUUCUCGGGAAAACGUAAUGUGACAUCGACGAUGCUAUGUGGGCCCGCAGAAUUCAGCAAAUCUUUCAUGUUCGAGGUAGCGAUUUACUGGGCCGAAGAAGGACACCGCGUCGUUUACAUUACACCAGCCCCGUUGGAUAGCCUGCCGGCGGCCUGUCACGACAGAAGUAAUCCAGCACCCGCGGCUUUCAGGCUGAUGAGAUUUAUGUACUUGGAGAACUACGAGGCGCUUGUACAAGAGCUGGUCAGGCUUCACACGUACGCUGUUCUGCCGUCGGUGCUCUUGAUCGACGACUUCGACGCCUACAUCGAGGACUAUGAAAAUACUAAGUCCAUGCGCGACGCGCACGUUGCCAAGACGUGCGCGUUGAUCCUCGAUACGAUGAAUUCUUGCUCUCGAAUUUUAAAGAAUGCCACGCGCGCGUGCAUCUGGUCAACUUCGGCGAUGUCCGCCAACGAUAGCAGCAUUUACUCGAUGUACUUUAACGAUGCUUGGAUCGUGACCAACGAGGAAGAGAGUAAGACGAUAUUGUUGAAGAGAUAUGGACGUCGGGGUUCCGCGGAGAAAUCUAAAUCUUACAGAUACCGUAAACUCGAAGAUGGAACGCGGGUGUUGAAGCAAAUACUUUGUGAAACCGAUGAGAAUUAAUUCGUGCGAAUCCAUCGACGAGCGGGGACAAACGAAACGAAUGAUACAGUAGCAAAUAUAUCUUUUUCUAUUCGA